UGCUGCUGGCAAGAAGCGCAAGAGGGAGUCCAGCACUGAGAAGUUCUACGCCGUGCGCGUGGGUAAGAAGCCCGGCGUGUACGAUACGUGGGCUGAAUGCCAGGACCAGACCGCGGGCUUUAGGGGCGCACAAUGUACGUUUCGCUUUUCCCCAUCAAGUCACCCUCCUCAGGUCCAGAGGCGGAACCGGUACUAAUGUUACUUAACUCGUGCACAGACAAGUCCUUCCCAACGCGCCAAGACGCCGAAGACUUCGUGGCGGGCAAGAACCCGGCGACAGCGAGCGACAAACCCGAGAAGUUCUAUGCCGUGGCCGUGGGCAACGAGCCGGGCAUCUACGGGGACUGGGAGACAGCCCAGCUGGCCAUCAAAGGCGUCAAGGGGCCCAAGUACAAGAAGUUCGACACGCGCGCCGAGGCCGUUGAGUUCAUCUACCAGUUCGGGAACGAGACCGCCCAGGCUACCGUUGCGGACGAGGCGCCUGCGGCCAAGAAAAGCAAGAAGACCGGUGCUGCCACAGGAGACGAGGACGAGGAGCUUGAGGUGGAGGAGGAUGGGGAUGCUGAAGUGGAGGGCGUGCUACACAUCUGCACGGACGGCAGCAGUCUGUCGAAUGGGAAAGUUGGUGCGGUGGCCGGAGUAGGCGUCUACUUCGGCCCAGACGACCCAAGAAACGUCUCUGAACGCCUCGAAGGCGAACCCCAAACCAACCAACGCGCCGAACUGACCGCCAUCCUCCGCGCCCUGCAAAAGGUCCCUGUGAGCCAGGACGUCCGCAUCGUAACCGACAGCAAGUAUUCCAUCAGCUGCGUGAUGGAGUGGUACGUGAACUGGGAGAUAAGAGGCUGGAAGACGACCGACGGAAGCGAGGUCAAAAACAAGGACCUUAUUGCGGCUAUUCGGAAGAAGAUCAAGCAGAGGGAGAAGGCGAAAACCCGGACCUUGUUCAAAUGGGUCAAGGGCCACGCCAAAGAUUUGGGGAACAUCGCUGCUGACGAACUUGCCGUCAGGGGGGCAAAGCUCAAGUAGCUGCUGUAAUUGAGUCACCCGGUCGUGGACGCGGACCACAUCUGUCUCGUCUUGCUUUCUCGAGCGAUUUCAUAUAUUUCCUUGAAAUUAGCUGCUGCGGUUGAUGGCUUUGGAACUUUACUUGCCUUUGCCUGGCUUUACUUGACACCAUUAUAUUCACGCACAACACUGCGAAACAAUCAAGGGAGUACAGUACAGGAAAGACAAUAGUUUACAGUAUUUGAGGCUCAUCAGGCCACUUCAUCCGGUCGAUAUGCUGUUGGACGGACCAGAAUACAAACGCAACGCAUGUCUGUAAGUCAAAUGCUUCAUAUCUCUCAUCACGACCACCAAAAAUGUUUUCUCCAUCCAUAGCACUUCAUCCGUAAACCCUCCACCGAUGCCUCUCAAUAAUGCCAAUUCCGACAGGAGGACUACCUAACUCCCUUGCCUGCCUGU